AUGAGUUCAAACCCUGAUAUGGCAAGUGUUCAAGAACUGGUCAAGAGUGACCCUUCGCAGGUCCCUGGAAAAUUCCUCAAAGAGGAGCUUGACAAACUGGACCAGGCUUGCAAAGAAUGGGGAUUCUUUCAGGUGGUGAAUCAUGGAGUGGCAGCAGAAGUGUUGCAGGAGAUGAAGGAUGCGACGGCCAAGUUCUUUCAACUUCCGUUGGAAGAGAAGAACAAGAUUCGUAUGGCAUCCGGUGGGUUUGAAGGCUACGGGCAAGUCGAUGGUGUUACCCGAGGGGAGACAAUGGACUGGUCUGACCAACUGGUUCUCACUCUUUAUCCAGCCCAAUACAGGAUGCUUAACUCCUGGCCAACAGAGCCAGAGGGAUACAAGGAGGCUAUUGAGGCAUAUUCAAGUGAAGUUAAAAGAGUUGGAGAGGAGCUCCUAAGUCCACACUCGGACGCAAGCACCAUAACCAUACUGAUGCAAGAAGACAAUGUAACCGGGUUACAGAUUCGAAAAGAAGGGGAAUGGGUGCCGGUGAAGCCAAUUCCAAACGCUCUCGUUGUGAAUGUGGGAGAUGCUAUUGAGAUAUGGAGCAAUGGGAAGUACAAGAGCAUUGAACAUAGAGCUGUGGCAAACGAAGGCAAACUCAGGAUAUCUUAUGCUUCAUUUCUUUUCCCGCAUGUUGACGUGGAAGUUGGACCAUUUGACCAUAUGGUGGAGUCUUCAAGAAUGUACAAGAAAGUCAAAUAUGGAGAUUAUCUGACGACUGCCUUGAAGAAUAAACUUAAGGGAAAGGCACACACUGAAAUGGCGAAGACUGGAAGUUGA